AACUACUACGAACAAAACCAACCCUCCUCCAACCGCUUCCGCAUACGAAAUCUGUCGCGCUCGAAGUCCUACACCGUGCCGAGCCGCGAAUACCCCAUAUUCUACUUUCCCAACAUGCCAGCUGUGGUACCAUCGCACGCGCCGCCGCAGAUUCCAGGCUUCCAGAUCCCGAAUGACGAGGCGCAUUCACUCAAACAAUCUGUCGCCGAACUCCUCGAACGCGAUAACCCACGAUUUCCCGGCGCGCAACCCGUAUCAUUCUCGCGCGAACACGUUGCCGAGCUCCAGCGCAAUGAAUACUACAUGUGCGAGAAGACCGACGGCUUGCGCUGUCUGCUCUACUUGCAUUGGCAAGAGGGUCCGACAGGAGCUUUUGAGCCUGUGACUUUCCUGAUCGACAGGAAGAACAACUACUACAACGUCCAGCCUCCCUUUCGGAUACGUCACUACCAGCACCCGAACGAAGCCGAGCCAUUCUUAUUCGGCACCCUUCUGGACGGCGAGCUGGUCCAUGACCAAUAUCCGAACGAGCCUGCGCCGCGUCUCAACUUCUAUGUCUUCGAUUGCUUGGCGGUGGAUGGUACGAAUGUGACGCAGAGGACACUGGACAAGCGGUUGGGACGGUUGCAUGAAUGGGUUAUUAAGCCGUAUGAAGCCGGCUUGACUAGGACAUUUGGAAAGAACAUUACACCAGACGACCUGAAGCCGUUUGCACUCAAGGGAAAGAAGACCUACCCUGCAUACAAGCUAGAGGACAUGUUCAGCAGCAUCCUCCCCAACCUCAGACACGGCAACGACGGCCUGAUCUUCACCUGCGUAUCCACACCCUACCAGUUCGGAACCGACAGACACAUCCUCAAGUGGAAGCCACCGCACGAGAACACCAUCGACUUCAAGCUCCGCCUCGGCGACUUCCCACUCAUAGACCCACAAGACGGCGAAGACGGUCUCGUCCCCGACUACGACGCCAUGCCUACACCCCUCCAAUUGCUCGUGCAGCACAACUCAAAUCACUACGAGGUCUUCGCCACUUUGUCCCUCACUCAAGCCGAAUGGGACACGCUCAAAUCGCUGAACCAACGCCUCGACGGCCGUAUCAUAGAAUGUUACCGCACAGAAGGUGGGCAGUGGAAAUACAAGGCUGAGGCAGAUGGUACACCGCGCUGGCGCGACGACAAAAAGGACGCGAAUCAUAUCAGCACUGUUAGGAGCGUGCUGGCUAGUAUUGAAGCGCCAGUUACAGAGAUGGAUCUUUUGGCCAACGCGGAGAAUAUCAAACGCGAAACAUACCGUUUGCAGGGCAAGCUGGACCAAUACCGCCCUCCCCAGGACGGUGAGCGUGAGGCUAAAAAGCGGAAAUACAGCGACAUGGGUCUUAACGGUCAUUGAGCGUUGUGUCGUGGCACGCUGAUGACCGCCAGGCUGUGCUAUCGGCACAACCUACAGCAUUUUAGAUGUAAUUGUGUAUUUCAGGGAGUUACGGCGCGUUUACACAGUACAUGAUACCCACGCUCAGUUUAUAUGGGGCGGCCAAAAUUGAAGUUUCGUUGUUCUCAGUGUAAUGCUUCUUUCUCUCCACUCAUUCCCCCAGUACACUGCGUCACUUGG